AUGGCAGCUUUCAUCAAACUUCUUUGUGUAUUUUUCUUCCUGAAUCUUGUUAGCGAAGGAAAUUGUCAAUGCUCCUUGGACAACGUAUCAGUUGUUCAAUCAAAAAGCAAAUUAGUUGUACAACAAAAACCAGUGUGGAAUGUGACAAUCAAUCUUGACUGCCCAUGUACUCUCACAGAUUUGGUAUUAAGCAGCAAUGGGUUUCAAACUGUAUUACCUCUUGACCCUACCGUCAUAGUUCAAAGCGGAAACCAAUUACAAGUCACUGCUAAUGGUGGUACGAUUGCACCACAUUCUAACACUGCCUUCGCCUACGCUUGGGACACUUCAUUAUCAUUUAAUCCAGUUUCUGGCCAACCAAAUUGUUCUGGAUAA